AUGCUAUGGUUUAUAGGCGUGAGUGCCGUGGAAAUAAAAGGCGACCACAGGAACCAGAUAGAGAUAACCGGUACUGAAGUUGAUCUGAUCGCCCUCACCAAUAAAAUCAGGAAGAAGGUAGCAUUUGCAGAGCUUGUAAGCGUAAGCAAAGUCGAGCCUCCAAAGAAGCAAGAUGAGAAGAAGGAUGCAGGGAAAAAAGACGGUGACAAAAAAGAAGGCGACAAGAAAGACGGAGACAAGAAAGAUGAUAAGAAACCUCCGGAGAAAAAAGUCGUGCCUCCUUGUUAUCCGUCGCCUCAUGGAUACGGUGUGCCUUCCUCUUUUCCUUACCCGUGCAGUCCCCACGAUUAUAUAGGGGAACCGGUUUACAAUCACGAACCCAAUUGCACAAUCUUGUGA